AUGGCAGCGACGGAGGAACUCAGUGGCAUCCUAAUGAGGAGGCAGGCCAUAAACGACAAACUCGAAGAGGGUGUAGAGGUCAAACCUAAAUAUAAAUUCGUGAAUGUUUUUACUGAAUUUCACGAAUUCUCAAGAAAGGAAAUAAAACAGUACGAGUUGACUUUUAACAAAUUCGAUGAAGGUCGAGAUGGAUUCCUGGAUUUAAAUGAAGUGAAGCGGAUGAUGGAACGUCUUGGGGCCCCACAAACACAUCUCGGACUAAAGGCUAUGAUCGCAGAGGUGGACGAAGAUGGCGACAACAAAAUAAGCUUCCGAGAAUUUUUAUUAAUUUACCGGAAAGCCCGAGCAGGGGAACUGGAAACAGAUUCGGGUUUGGAUGCUCUAGCAAGAUUAACUGAAAUAAAUGUAGAUCAAGUUGGAGUUAAUGGAGCUAAGAAUUUCUUUGAGGCUAAAAUUGAAGAGCUCGCCAAAACGAAUAGAUUCCACGACGAAAUUAUACAGGAACAAGAAGAAAAACGAAGGGAAGCUGAAGAAAAAGCUCUAAGGAGACAGCGGUUUAAAGAAAAAACAGCUAUUUUCCAACAAUAA